CUCCGUACGGAUAGCGCAGCCGGACGGACGCCGCGGCUGUGUUAUUGAAUGAAAAUCCUUUUUAUGCGCCAAUAAUUGUUAUUUGCACGCGACGAAAUUAAGUAUUUUUAUUUGUAUAAUAUAUUGCCUUAUUUUUCCGCUAUUAGAAUGUAAUUACCCUGUUUAUAACAUUAUUUAAUUUUAAAGAGCUGGUAAGAACUCUGAGCGAGUAUUGCAGGCCUCGAGCAGGCGCCGGUGAUCGAUUUUAACAAUAGCCGACAGACAUCGACUCUGUGCCGGCGCGCUGCGUGUAUGAGAGCCGGUCUCAGAAUCUCACCUUUGUUACAGCACGAAAGAAAGAAAGGACGGAGAGAGCGCAGCGGUCCGGUGUGUUUCUCAUCACAUAUGGACGCGUUCUGACUGGUUUUCUGGAGAGACUCACACACAAUAGAAAAUGUCUAACGGUGCAGCAGGAAGCGGGGGUUUAACUUGGGUGACCCUCUUUGAGAAGAACAAUGGUGCGAAGAAAGAAGAGAUGAACGGCCGAGGAGAUUCAGGGAAGGAGACGACGAAGAAGGAGAGCUCGAAGAAGAUGUCUGUGGAGAGAAUCUAUCAGAAGAAAACUCAACUCGAGCACAUUCUCCUCCGUCCGGACACUUACAUCGGCUCUGUGGAACCUGUCACUCAGCAAAUGUGGGUUUUUGAUGAAGAAAUUGGAAUGAAUCUGCGGGAAAUCACAUACGUCCCUGGGUUAUAUAAAAUCUUUGAUGAGAUUCUGGUGAAUGCAGCAGAUAACAAACAGAGAGACAAGAACAUGACCACCAUCAAGAUCAACAUCAACUCAGAGUCCAACACCAUCUCUGUGUGGAAUAACGGGAAGGGAAUUCCUGUGGUGGAACACAAAGACGAGAAGAUGUUCGUGCCUGCUCUGAUCUUUGGACAUCUUCUCACCUCCAGCAACUACGAUGACAAUGAGAAGAAAGUCACAGGUGGAAGAAACGGAUACGGUGCGAAGCUCUGCAACAUAUUCAGCACAAAGUUCACAGUGGAGACGGCCUGUAAAGAGUACAAGCGCAGCUUCAAACAGACGUGGCAGGAGAACAUGACGAGGACCAGCGAUGCCAAGAUCAAGCACUUUGAUGCAGAAGACUUCACAUGCGUCACGUUCCAGCCAGAUCUGUCCAAAUUCAAUAUGGAGAACCUGGACAAGGACAUCGUGGCUCUGCUGACGCGCCGGGCGUACGAUGUGGCCGGCUCCUGUCGGGGUGUUAAAGUCAUGUUCAAUGGAAAGAAGCUGUCCGUGAGCGGCUUCCGCAGUUACGUGGAUCUGUAUGUGAAGGAUAAACUGGAUGAGACGGGUGUGGCUCUGAAGGUGGUGAACGAGACUGUGAGUGAACGCUGGGAGGUUUGUCUCACCAUGAGCGAGAAGGGCUUUCAGCAGAUCAGCUUUGUCAACAGCAUCGCCACCACCAAGGGUGGAAGACACGUUGACUAUGUGGUGGACCAAAUUGUGUCCAAACUGAUUGAAGUGGUGAAGAAGAAGAACAAAGCUGGAGUGUCAGUGAAACCAUUCCAGGUGAAAAAUCACGUGUGGGUGUUUGUGAACGCCCUGAUCGAGAACCCAACCUUCGAUUCCCAGACCAAGGAGAACAUGACCCUACAGACCAAAAGCUUUGGCUCCAAAUGUGUUCUGUCCGAGAAAUUCAUCCGUGCCGCCACAAACUGUGGGAUCGUGGAGAGCAUUCUGAACUGGGUGAAGUUUAAAGCUCAGACGCAGCUCAACAAGAAGUGUUCUUCCGUCAAACACAGCAAGAUUAAAGGAAUCCCUAAACUAGAUGAUGCCAAUGAUGCCGGUGGUAAGCACUCAUCCGAGUGUACUCUGAUCCUGACUGAAGGAGAUUCUGCCAAGUCUCUGGCUGUGUCAGGUCUGGGAGUGAUCGGGCGAGAUCGAUACGGCGUGUUUCCUCUCAGAGGAAAGAUUCUCAAUGUGAGAGAAGCCUCACAUAAACAGAUCAUGGAGAACGCAGAAAUCAACAACAUCAUUAAAAUCGUGGGUCUUCAGUACAAGAAGAGUUAUGAUGACCCAGAGUCCUUGAAGAGUCUGCGCUACGGAAAAAUCAUGAUCAUGACCGAUCAGGAUCAGGACGGCUCUCACAUCAAGGGUCUCCUCAUCAACUUCUUCCAUCACAACUGGCCGUCUCUGCUGAAGCACACCUUCCUGGAGGAGUUCAUCACACCCAUCGUCAAGGCCGGAAAGAAUAAACAGGCGAUGUCCUUCUACAGCAUCCCAGAGUUUGACGAAUGGAAGAAACACACUGAGAAUUAUAAAACCUGGCACAUCAAGUACUACAAAGGUUUGGGUACCAGCACAAGCAAAGAGGCAAAGGAAUAUUUCUCCGACAUGGAGAGACAUCGAAUUAUGUUCAAAUACAACGGCACUGAAGAUGACGCGGCCAUUACGCUGGCGUUCAGUAAGAAGAAGACCGAUGACAGAAAGGAGUGGUUGACUAACUUCAUGGAGGACAGACGGCAGAGGAGGAUGCACGGACUGCCUGAGCAAUACCUGUAUGGUACGAUGACACGACACCUGUCCUACAAUGACUUCAUCAACAAAGAACUGAUCCUGUUCUCAAACUCUGACAACGAGAGAUCUAUUCCCUCACUUGUUGAUGGUAUGAAGCCGGGUCAGAGGAAGGUCUUGUUCACUUGUCUGAAGAGAAAUGAUAAGAGAGAGGUGAAGGUGGCCCAGCUGGCGGGAUCUGUGGCUGAGAUGUCAGCGUACCAUCAUGGCGAACAAGCUCUGAUGAUGACCAUCGUGAAUUUAGCCCAGAACUUUGUGGGCAGCAACAACGUCAACAUUCUUCAGCCUCUUGGUCAGUUUGGUACCCGUAUCAAUGGCGGUAAAGAUGCUGCCAGCCCUCGUUACAUCUUCACUAUGCUCAGUCCACUGGCCAAACUGCUGUUUUCUUCUUUGGACUCCAAUCUGCUGAAGUUUUUGUAUGACGACAACCAGAAGGUUGAGCCGGAGUGGUACAUACCCAUCAUUCCCAUGGUGCUGGUGAACGGAGCUGAGGGCAUCGGUACAGGCUGGGCCUGCAAGAUCCCUAACUAUGACCCACGAGAGAUUGUCAACAACAUCAACCGUUUGCUCAACCACCAGGACCCCCUGCCCAUGCUGCCGCGCUACAAGAACUUUAAAGGUGUGAUUCACGAGCUGGGACAGAACCAGUAUUUGGUGAGCGGUGAGGUGUCUGUUCUGGACAAAAACACCAUUGAGAUUAUUGAGCUGCCCGUUCGCACAUGGACUCAGGCGUAUAAGGAGUCAGUUCUGGAGCCCAUGCUUCAGGGAACAGAUAAAACUCCUCCUCUGAUCUCAGACUAUAAAGAAUAUCACACAGACAGUACUGUUAAGUUUGUGGUGCGUAUGACAGAGGAGAAGUUGGCACAGGCGGAGGCAGCCGGUCUUCACAAAGUCUUCAAACUGCAGUCCUCUCUCACCUGCAACUCCAUGGUGCUGUUUGAUCACAUGGGCUGUCUGAAGCGUUAUGAGUCCGUUCAGGACAUUCUCAAGGAGUUCUUCGAGCUGCGUCUGCAUUAUUAUAAACUGAGGAAGGACUGGCUGGUGGGCAGUCUGGGUGCCGAAGCCGCCAAACUCUCCAACCAGGCUCGAUUCGUCCUGGAAAAGAUUGAAGGGAAGAUUUCAAUCGAGAACAAGUCAAAGAGAGAUCUGAUCCGGAUGCUGGUGCAGAAAGGGUUUGAAUCGGACCCGGUCGUUGCAUGGAACAAAGCUCAGGAGAAGUCAUUGGAGGACGAGGAGGGUGACGGGAAUGACAGUGACUCGUCAGUGGACUCGGGCUCGUCGUCCGGACCAAACUUUAACUACAUUCUCAACAUGCCCCUGUGGUGUUUGACCAAAGAGAAGGUGGAAGAUCUCCUCAAACAGAGAGACAUGAAGAGAUUAGAACUGAAUGAACUCCAGAAGAAGAUUCCUGAAGAUCUGUGGAGAGAAGAUCUGGCCGUCUUCAUAGAGGAGCUGGACCGCUUGGAGGAGCAGGAGAAAGAGAGCGUGAACGCAGGCAGGGCCGUGAAGCUGGUGAAAGGGAAAGUGGGCAAACCCAAAGUGAAGAAGAUGCAUCUGGAGGAAACUCUGCCGUCUCCGUUCGGCCGCAGGAUAGAACCUCAGGUCACACAGGCCAUGAAAGCAGACGCCUCCAAGAAACUCAGCAAGAAGAAGAAGGGUGAAGCAGACGCGGUGGUGAAGUUGGAGUUCGAGGAGGACGGCGCUCUGAGCUCGAAUGGAGGAACAGCAGAGAAUUCUCUUACUUCACCAUCAGGCCUGCCCAACCCUGGAGCCGGAGCUGGAGCCAAAGCCAAAGCCCCACGGGUCAAGAGAGAGAAGAAAGAACCAGGUACCCCGAGACAAAGGAAACCCGCUGCUGUUAAAGGCACGGGCAAGAAAGUGAAGAAGAGGAACCCCUGGUCAGAAGAUGAAGAGGACGAUGAGAAAUCUGAUAAUGAGCUGGAUGAAAGUGGACCUGUCAUUCCCAGAGACACCACAUCCAGACGAGCGUCAGCAGUUAAGGCCAAGUACACGUUUGACUUCUCUGAGGAGGAAGACGAUGAUGGUGAUGAAGAACAGGACAAUGAUGUUUCACGCUCUCCAGUUCAGACCUACAGAACAAAUCCAGCAGAACAAAACAAUAAUGUUGAUGAAGAUGAUGAUGACGAUAUAUUCCCUCCAAAAACAACAUUCACCUCGUCUGUGUCAGCAGGGAAGAAAGACAAAGAGAGUGUGUUCUCAUCUAAAGCCACACAUGCUGACAAGAGCAGUGAUGACGACGUGAAGUCAGACAGUGAUGAUGAGCGGCCUCCAGUCUUCUCCUCAUUUUCCAGCACUUCUGCCAUCGACAAACCAGCAGCUAAGAAAGCUCCAGCUAAGAAAGCUACAGACGCAGCGUCUAAACCGAAGAAAGCACCAUCAAAAGCCAAAAAGCCCAAUAUAUGCGUGUGGGACUCGGACUCAGACACGGCUGUUAAAAAAGCUCCAGCAGCACCAGCAGCAGCAUCAUCAGUGAAGGGCGUCAGUAAAGGACGAGGCAGAAAGAGAAAACAGUCGAGCUCAGAGGAGGAUGAUUAUAACCCUGUGAAGAAGACUGGAAAAAACACCACCACCACCAGCAGCAGCAGCAGGAAAAUGAAGAAAGUGUCUGAUGAUGAAGACGACGAUGAUGCAGGCAUGAACAGCUUCAGUCGAUUGGACAUGGGCAGAGAUCGCUCCGGUCGAGCUAAGAAAGAAGUCAAGUACUUUGCAGAAUCGGAUAAUGAUGACAACGAUAUGUUCGACUAGAAGACACACACACACACACACAAAACAGACACUUGUUGAUGAACAGAUUAAGUGUCUCUGCCCAGCAGAACUUUUGUACAUUUACCCUCCAUUUUAUUUGUUUUUUUUAAUCGUGAUGUUUAAUUCUUUCUACUGUGUAGCUGUUUUACUCUUUUUAUUAUUGUUAUUAUUAUUAUUAUUGGUAUUAUUGUUAUGAUGCAUUGAUAAUGUUGUUUUUUUAAUCAUUGAAAUGUAUUCGUCUGAGCAGCUUUUAGACGUUUAGGCCGCUGUGCUUCAGCACCUUUUAAUGAUUUAAAAUGAGAACUGAGGAACCUUUUUGAGACGACUUGGAAAUAAAUAUGAAAUGUAAAUUA